GAAGAAUGGGAGAUUUCUACAAUAACAACACCUCAGAGUACACAAGCUACAACAACAGCGACAUCUACUCCUAUGGUUAUGAUAGCAACAACACAGACUACUAUGAUUACAACGACACCGACAUCACUGAAGAAAAUUCCCCUGGUGACAUACCACAAUUCACUGCAUAUGUGGUGAAAUGUAUUAUCAUUUGUAUCGGCCUUCCUUUGACUCUAGUGGCCAUCCAUGGUGUUUAUUCUCUGGUGAGAAACGAUCAUGUUGCUCCGAUCUACAUCAUCAACCUCCUCAUUUCUGACCUCAUUCAGUUCUGCUGCAUGAUCGUUGAAGUGACAAAACCGGAAAAUCUGACGAUCAGAGAAAUCUUCAUUUUUCUGUACUAUUUUGGUCUGAUGGCCAGUGUGGGCUUCAUGGCAUGUGUUGCCCUGGAAAGGUAUUUGGUCAUUGCCUGGCCUCUGUGGUACCGCUUCAGACGAACCAUCAAGAUCUCUAUAGUGGCAGUACCAUCAGGGGUAUCUGAUCUAAAGCCCGGACAUACAGCCUGA